CGGCGAUGAGCAGUCUUCUCUCCUCUUGAACCUGAGCUGGUGAGGGGACGCCAUACCCGAAUCUAUUGCAUUAUACAUGUGCUUAGCUGUUAACAACCCGUCUAAUCUCAUCUGCACCAGCCUUACCGAUCCUACGGAAUACCCAUCUUACCUACUUGCCUACUUGCCUCUUUCCCUACUUCCCUCCUUCCCUCCUUACCUCCUUACCUCCUAGCCUCCCAACCUCCCGGUCCCCUGUCCUAGCCUCCUGACCUCCUAGCCUCCUGACCUCCUAGCCUCCUAACCUCCUUACCUCCUUACCUCCUUACCUCCUUGCCUCCUUGCCUCCUUGCCCACCUGCCUGGUCGACAAUGAAGUGGCUCGACAGCUUGAAAGCGGCCGUCCCUGGCCUGCUUGCCUCGCAAGGGGUUGAGAAUGUGGAUGUGUCGCAGUCUGUCUUAAUUGACGAUUCCGCGAGCAGUGUGAGACAGGUUGCCAUCAUAGGUGCGGGUGCUGCCGGCUCUUCUGCCGCCUACCACUUGUCGCAAUACGCACUGGAUGCUGGCGUCGAACUCAACAUCACCAUCUUUGAGAAGACGGACCACAUUGGUGGCCGAACUCUGACGGUUGACGCUUAUGGCAUCCCAUCCGAACCUGUCGAGGUUGGCGCCAGUAUCUUUGUCGAGGUGAACAAGAUUCUGUGGAACGCCACCCAGGAAUUCGACCUGGAGCUCCGGGAGCCUAAUAGCGACGCUGACCGGCUCACUGUCAUCUGGGAUGGCGACAAGUUUGUGUACGAGUCCGCCGCCAGUAACUCGUGGUGGUACGACCUGGCGAAGCUGUUCUGGAAGUACGGAAUGUCGCCCUACAAGGCGCAGAAGCUGAUGCAGUCGACCGUGGGUACGUUUCUCAAGCUGUACGAGGAACCGUACUUCCCCUUCAGAUCACUGAGCACGCGGGCCUUCGAGUUGGAUCUCACCAAGAUCACUGGUGUCACGGGCGAGCAAUUCCUGGCCGACAACGGCGUCUCCGCGGCCUUCUCACAUGACAUCGUCGAAGCGGCCACGAGAGUCAACUACGCAUCCAACCUGGACUCCAUCCACGGCCUCGACACCAUGGUAUCUAUGGCGCCCGAGGGAGCCAAGGCUGUGGUUGGUGGCAACUGGAAGAUCUUUGACCGCAUGGUUGCCAAGUCGGGAGCUCAUGUCAACCUCAACACAUCGGUCUCUUCCAUUUCUGUCGGCACGAAACCCGACGCGGCGAAACCCAAGUACCUGGUCAACGGGGGCUCAGCGGGUAUUGCGUUCGACAACAUUGUCCUCGCCACGCCUUACCAGUUUAGCGACAUCAAGGCCUCGGACAGCGUCAUCCAGACUGCCAUUGACGAGGUCCCGUACGUGAAGCUGUACGUCACACUGUUUGCCUCUCCGUUCAGGCUCAGCGGGGAAUACCUUGGCCUCCAGCCCGGGACCGAGGUUCCCACGACCGUCCUCACCGCCUUCUCCAAGUCUUCCGAUGGCAGCUCCGGCCUCGAGGGCGCAGGAAAGGCGGGAGUCUUCUCCAUCAGCACGCUCCGCUCCAUCACGAACCCAUCGACGGGCAAGACGGAGUACCUGUACAAGAUCUUCUCACCCAUGGAGGUCACUUCCGAGUUCCUCUCUUCCGUCCUAGGCGUCGAGGUCCCCAAGACUCUCACCGGCGCAGCGCCUGCCGCCACGCCUGCUAGCGAUGAUGACACGGUUGUCGUGGAGCCCGUAUCGUGGCUCCACAAGCACGUCUUCCACUCCUACCCUAAGGCCCUGCCGCGGGUCACGUUCCAGGACCCGGUCGUCGGUAACGGCGUCUACUACACGUCAGGCAUGGAGGGGUUCAUCUCGACGAUGGAGACGAACGCUCUGAUGGGCAAGAACGUUGCCAGGCUAAUUGUCGACGAUGCGCUGGGCCUGAGCACCGGACAUGCGAUUACUGAAGCAAAGGAGACGGAGAGCAUGGAGGCCGACGAGACUGUUGUCGAGAAGACCAAGGAAGGGGCAACUGACGAGGCACAUUCAGCUGCUGAGGAACUCUAGGUGGUGUUCUUCAAGCGCUUAUUGGUGAUCGUUGCUGCAAUAUGUCUACUUUUCGAGGCAGUAGGGGGAGUGGUUCUUCGGUCAAAGCGGCAUUGGGGAUUCGGCAGAAUUGUCUGAUGCCCGUAAGGAGCGGAGCAUUGCUGUCAUAAGUCAAUGGAUCUUUCAUUAGCAUGGGUAGGCGCAAUAAAUUGGCACUUUCCAUCGA